AUGAAGAUGCGAUAUAUCGACCCAGGGAUUCAUCUUGACACAAGGCCAAUGAAAACAGCCGAGGAAAAAAUUGCCUUCAAGAACAGCUUUUUCAAGUUGGGCCAGGGAAGGCUUAUGGACCACGGCGACGUUGCAUUCUGGUCCAUUUUCUGGAACACCCCGCAGUCUGCUUCAGACAUUUAUGAUUUGCUUACGCCGUUCGAUCUUCAGACCGUGAGGGACCAGAACCUUCCCAACUUUCUUUUAUUGGUGCACAUUGUAGCAUGCCGUGUGGUUGAACUUGCCCGCGAUCUUUCGCCGACCCAGCACAUGCCGCUUCUCAACUGCCUACGGCUCCUAGCCAAAGUGCUUCCGUACUUGUUUGAACUUCCGGACUAUGCCGAAACGAUCGAAAACCCUCUUUUCUGGGAACGAAACUUUAACCCUCGUGAUUUCUUCAACCAACCAGCGGCGCCUGCGCUUGUUUUGCCUAGAAACAGUUCUUUCGCAGACGUUUCUGAAAAUGUGCUUGGUGCAGAUUUGGUUUUGGCCUUGGUGCGGCUAUUGGUAGCGCAAGGCUUCACAGUUGCUGAGCCAUAUCCUGAACUGCCUCCAGACAUGUGUUUAUGGGAGCCUGGAAUUUGUGUUCCAGGUAAGUAUCAUCUGCCCAACCCAAUUCACGACAGCAACAGAACGGAGGUUUUGCGAGUUUUGCUCGUCCUUGCAUCAACAACCUUUUACGAGAAAGUCCUGGACACUGUUCGGACGGGCCUGAGAUUUCUCACAUUCUUGGUUGCUGGCCUUGCCUCGCUGGAAAUCAAUACCUUGACUGCAAAUUUGACUAACAUCUUGUGUCGCUCCGCCCGAACAGGUCUAGAUGACUCGGGACUAAAAUAUGACAACUCCUCCUUAGUCGAGGGACGCCACUUAUGUGUUUCAUAUAGUGCAGAGCUACUUGCAUGCAUGGUUGUUUGUCCUAUGCCAUCUUCUGCACAUACAGCAUUUAUGACAAACUUGGGCUUGUGCUCUCAUAAACCAUACAACAUGGUUCGCUUCUAUCUAGGAAGUCAAAAAAACAAUGAUUUAGUGUUUCUUGUUUCGCAUCUACUAAGCAUUUUGAAACACCCCUUUUCUGUCAAUCGUUUAGAAAAUAGGGGAAAAUUCACCAAACCGCAUCCUUCCCCCUGGGCGAUCGAAGCCAUAAUGAUUCUUUGGGAACUUUUGCAGUGUAAUCAGUAUUUAAGACUGUUCGUUGCAGAAAGACUCGUGGUGAAACUCGUCCCCUAUAUCGCCUAUCAUAUUUUUGCAUUCUGCGACGUGCCACAUUACAAAGUUCUUGUGAAGUUAUGCGCAUAUUUCUUGCUCUAUAUAUCUUCUCAAGAAACUUGGGUUCAAGCGUUGGUGCUACCCAUGAGUGAAAAUAUGAAUGAAGUUUUACCGUCAGAAUUUCGUUUGACUGGAGGGCCACACUCUACAAGGGAUUUCCUAAUUGUACAGUUAUGCCUGAUCUUGUCAUAUGUCUUUUCUGGAUUCGGAUCAAACCCAAAGUCCGACACUGCAAACGAAAUGAAACGCUUUUUGGUCCCGACAUUUCUGGAAGUGCUUUACAAUAUAGUACCCGUUGUAAACGACUCUAUCGUCGGCACUGAUGAUACUUCGAAGCGCAUGAACAAUGUCAAUUCCAAAGGUGGUUUAUCGUAUCAAGCGUGUUCUGCUCUCUUGCAACUCAUGUCUACACUUUCAUCUAAACAGGCUUUAGCCGAGAGUUACAGAAAUGCCGAAUUCCUUGCAUUGAUUCUCAGAGCAUUGUGCUCUGCGGCAACUAAGAACCCUGUACCUUCAAGAAUGUUGCUAUUCUCCUUUGUCAAGAACGAAAAAAUUUAUGAUUCGAUAUGGACGUCAAUUUACAGUCUUGAGUCAGAAAAUAUCAAUGGCGAGCCCUUACGUUUGAUGAACGUCCAGGAAGACGAUGAAGAGAACGAAGAUUCACCGGUAAAUUUUCAGGAGAGAGGAAAUGACUCGCUCCAAAUGAAUAUGCAUGCUCAACGAGAAUUACCAAAAUCUUUGCUAAAAUCCCCCGAUGAAUAUUCUAUCAGCUCGUUCACGAGCACUGAAGAAAUUGCUUCUCCAUUGUACCAGUCUUUCAACAGUUCUACCGCCAGUAUUGGUCCUGAAGAACGAGACGAAAGUUUCACGGAAGAAAAGGAAUUGGAGAACGCUUUAAGACCAAAACCACCAGCUGGUAUGUCGCAAAAAGCAAAAGAGAAAUUACCGCAAGAUACGCCAUUAUCAAAAGCAUGGGGUGGCAAAAAUGCAUUGAGUGUUAUCAUUACCGUUUUGAUCCCCGAGAUUAAAGCCAAAUUGAAGGACUUAUGGAUCAAGAGGGAUGAAUGCAAUUACGACAACUACUUCAUUGUUCAACAAAUUGAACAUGCUGAUGUGGACAAAACCAUCAUGGAGAACAAGAAAGAACUCAUUUACGAUCUUAUGCCUGAUACUCCCGUCGAUCGGCUUGUUUUCUCCUGGAAUUAUUUGUCUCUAGGGUGGUACAUUUCCGUUUUGUACUGGGACAUUUACAAUACUCAAGAAAACAUUAAAGCACAUGUUGGUAGUAACACCAGCCUCAUGAAUAGUAUAUCAUCAUCAAUCGCUGUUUUCAGCAAGUUUGCAUCUUCUUGGUCCGGGCUUGGAUCAAGACACCUGGACAAUACAAGUGAACUCGGCUUUAUUACCGACCACGUUGACCGAGCAUUGACCACGCAUAAUGUGUGGAGCCACACAAAUGUGAGGCUCUUUAAAAUCAAUUUGAACGAUGGCGACAAAUUCUUCAACGCGUUGGGCUUGAAGUUUGGACAGUCAGCCCUGAGCAAUAAUAACGUUAACGAUAUUACUCACUCUCUUGCUCGGAGAUUCAGUGACUUCAGGAUGAAUAGCCGGUCCAGUGUGAUUUCUCAAAGCUCAUUUCAUCUGGCGCUUGAUGAACUGCAAGAGAGGCCCCGACUUUCCAACAGAAAUUCUGUGAGUUCGCUUCAUUCGCUCAAUACUCUCAAUAGGUCUCGUUCAAACACUCCUCGAAACUCAGUGAGUUUUUCAUAA